AUGCACAGGACGGCUGGACCAUUGGCCCGCGUGCCAGGCGUCCGGGACGGCCGGGUAUCGGCUCCGUACUUUGAGCCCUCUUGGGCCACCCUCGCGUCCACCGGCCGGCAGAGCACCGCUUGGGCGACUCAGACGGCCCGCCCGACUAGCGCGUUCGAUCGGGCGCAAGGCGGCACGGCACGUUCAGCGCUUGCCUCGGCCCACCUCGCCUUCACGCCCGCCACCGCGACCAAGGAGGUGGCCUCGGCGGCCCAGAUGAAGCCCGUGCGGCUCGUUUGGGAGCCGCAUGCCGUCCCUCUCUCGCCGGCGCUGCUCACCACGCCCAAGCCUACGCCGAGGAACCCGUCGCGCCCGUCGCUCCACGAGCUGGUGGCUCGCAUCGACCGAGCCGUCCAGCUUUCUCACGCCCUGCCCACGAUCAAAUUCGAGACGACCAACAUCCGACCACAAAAAAGGCCCGCGCCGCCUGGACUGUGUCAGCGCCUCUUUGCUUGA